GGAUCAGGAUUAAAGUUAAACUCCCCUCCUUUUUCCUUUAAAUUUUAAAUUAAAAAAUAAACCCACUUGGCCAUUUCUAAUUAAUUUCAUGGGUUGGACGUUUUUUUGGGUAGCAAUUUGGAAAUAAGAAUUAUGAAUGACCUGCAGGUUCAAUGGAAUUUCUUAUAGGUAUCUGUGGGAUAUUUAGGUCAAUAUUGAAGAAACGGAUGCGACUUUUGACUCCAAGCACCGCGUGGAUUUUCGUUUUUUUGACUUUGAUUUGUCUGCUAAUCCCAGAAUAGAAGCAAGCGAGCGAGAGAAACAGAGAGAGAGAGAGAGAGAGAGAGAGAGCAGAAAGGGGAGAAAGUGUUCACGGAUUUUCAAAGGGAGCUUUAGACUUUUCCAGAUGGAAAGUCGCGCCUAAACUCUUCUAAGCCAAAGAAAGAAAGAAAGAAAGACGAGAGACCAAAUUCCCAAGUGGCGAAAUCUGAACGGACAGACUCCUCUAAUUUGGGUUUCAGAUUUUCUUGUCACCCUUUUGCGAAAUUUGUGUGGAAGCUCUCUCGUCUGCUGAAUUUUGCUUCGUGAUCCUUCUUGCUCCCUCCCUUUUAACCCUUUAUCUGAAAAGCCCCUGUUCUGAACUUUCGAAUAGGGGUGAUUCAGCUUCAAGCCUUAAAGCCCUUCAAGCAUGUCUGUGGAGUCGAGUUCCACUUCAGCUGAUGGUAAUAUCAAAGGAGUUCUCACUCAUGGUGGCCGCUACGUUCAGUACAAUAUCUAUGGGAAUCUGUUCGAGCUCCCUACUAAGUACGUCCCCCCGAUGCGACCCGUCGGCAGAGGUGCUUAUGGCAUUGUCUGUGCUGCCGUGAAUUCAGAGACACGUGAAGAGGUCGCAAUUAAGAAGAUUGGUAACGCCUUUGACAACAGAAUUGAUGCCAAAAGGACAUUAAGAGAAAUUAAGCUUCUUCGCCACUUGGAUCAUGAAAAUAUUAUUGCCAUCAAAGACAUUAUUCGACCUCCAAAAAGAGAGAACUUCAACGAUGUUUACAUUGUUUAUGAAUUAAUGGACACUGAUCUUCAUCAGAUAAUUCGCUCCAACCAAACAUUGGCGGAUGAUCAUUGUCAGUAUUUCUUGUAUCAGUUAUUACGAGGACUGAAGUAUGUACACUCAGCAAAUGUAUUGCACCGUGAUCUUAAGCCCAGCAAUUUGUUCUUAAAUGCAAAUUGUGACCUUAAGAUUGGGGACUUUGGAUUGGCAAGGACAACUUCUGAAACAGAUUUCAUGACUGAGUAUGUUGUUACUAGAUGGUACCGGGCACCAGAAUUGCUCCUAAAUUGCUCAGAGUAUACUGCUGCUAUCGAUGUUUGGUCAGUGGGUUGUAUUCUAGGUGAAAUCAUGACCCGUGAACCCCUUUUUCCUGGCAGAGAUUAUGUUCAUCAGUUGAGGCUCAUCACAGAGCUACUAGGUUCACCAGACGACUCCAGCCUUGGGUUCCUCAGAAGUGACAAUGCAAGGAGAUAUGUUAGGCAGCUUCCGCAGUACCCAAGGCAACAGCUCUCAGCUAGAUUCCCCAGUAUGUCUCCUGGGGCUGUUGAUUUGCUAGAGAAAAUGCUUGUGUUUGAUCCAAACAAACGCAUUACAGUUGAUGAGGCAUUGCGUCACUCAUAUUUGUCAUCUCUUCAUGAUAUCAAUGAUGAGCCUGUUUGUACUAGACCUUUCUCUUUUGAUUUCGAGCGACCAUCAUUCACUGAGGAGAAUAUUAAGGAGCUCAUCUGGAGGGAAUCUGUGAAGUUCAAUCCUGACCCAAUUCAUUAGGGAAUUGCUGUUGCUAUUUAUAGCUUAUAAUGUAAAAAGAUAUUGGGUAAUCAGUUUCCUGAAACUCACCUACCCUAACCCCUUCUAUAGAUACUGCCAGUCACUAAACAAGUUGUCAUUGAGGGUAAGAAGCCUGUAACAUAGAGCUCAUAGAAGGAAAUUGGCACAAACCUUUUUGCAGGGUCAGGGUUUAUCAGAAUAUCAAUACCCUACAUGCAUGACAGUGAAGGCCUUUUUCUUGAGCUCUAGACCAUGUUGGUGGAGCUGUUCAGACCCAUUAAUAUCUAGAGCCAGGGGGAGCUUUUGAUUUUAGAAUUCUGUAGAAGAGAUUAUGUGUAAUCUUUAAGGUGCAUUGAUUCUGAUCUAUCCAUUUGUAAUAAAAAUGUGUGAAUCCAAGAAAUUGCUUUGAUGUACUUCAUGGAUUAAGAUCA